AUGCUACGGUCAAAAGAUGGAAAAUCAUGGGCGUUUCCGGAAUGCUUCGAUUUCCUCCUUGAGUCUCAAACGACCGAUGGAGGAUGGGGCAAUCCAUAUUCCGACGUCGAGCAGAUUUCCUGUACCAUGGCAGCUACCUUGGCCAUGAAGAAGCAUUUGAAUACCACAGGCGGGGAGUCAAAUGCGCAGUGGGAGGAGAUCAACAGUCGCUGCGACCAUGCAAUUCGAUUUAUUGAGAACCGUCUGCCAUUAUGGAGUAUCAACGGUGUAGAUGAAACUUUGUUUGUUGGCAUUGAGUUGUGGCUUCCCGUUCUUUUGCAGCAACUGAAGGAAAUGGGAGUGGUUUUCAAUGUUCCAGGAAUUGACCGUAUCAAUCUAAUGCGCGAAAAGAAGCUGUCUAAGAUCCCAGCUGAAGCUUUAUACGGCAAAUACAAACUGGCUUCGGCCCAUUCGCUGGAGAGGUUUAUUGGACUCGUCGACUUCGAUCAGAUCCAUCACCAGAAAACGGUGGGCUCAAUGUGCGGCUCACCCGCCUCGACAGCGGUGUAUCUAAUGUAUUGCACCUCCUGGGACGAGGAGGCCGAGGCAUACCUGCGGUAUGCUGUCAAUCUUUGUAUUAAAGAAGAGAAACGCAGUCUGCCGCAUAUCUUCCCAGCAACGACCUUUCAAACUACUUGUGUUGUCCAGACAUUGUUAGAGUCUGGAUUCUCCGCGAGGGAUUUUAGACCUGAUCUGCAGGAUGAAAUUGUCAAAAUGCUUCAAGAGCUGCUGAAGGAGAAUGAUGGGAUCACUGGACGGUCAAAAGGACUCCUUCCAGACCCCGAUAACACAGCUAGUGCAUUAUCAGUCCUCCACCUGCUAGGUUCUCCGUGUUCGCCAGAUGGUCUAUUAAAGACCUUCGAAGGGAGGGAUCAUUUCUUCACAUACCCCCAGGAAUGCAACCCUACCAUAAGUGUUAAUGGGAAUGUGCUCCUGUGCUUGCUACAUCUAUACCCCACGGGUGGAGACUACAGUUCGGCCAUUGAGAAAUGUGUCCAGCAUCUCUGCCACCGUUGGUAUGACUCGGAUGGCUUGUUGGACGACAAAUGGCCGAUUGCCCACCGUCUUGAUGCAGGCGAUGACACGAAUCCUUCUCACGCAGUGUUGAGAUGGCUCCUGGGGUUCUCAACAGUCCAAAAAUGCCGGGCGGUGUGCAUAGACGCCGUUCAGCGAGGUCGGGACUUCCUCCGCUCCGGACCAGAUUUGCCAUUCAGUAAUAUGUUGUGGAUUGGGAAAACGACCUUCCAUAUUUCCAUGCUUACCGAGGCUUAUAUACUGAGUGCACUCAAUGAUCCGGUCCGUUAUGAAUUUAGUGGUACCGUUCGAGACCUAUUUGAUCUCCCGCGAGAGGCUAUGACCAAGCAGGUUAGCGUUUAUUCUCGGUUGCCUUCGUUUGAGUCCGUUCUACCCUGGAUCCUCGAGGCUUCGGUCGUGGAAGCUCAUUUUCUCUCGAUGUGGAUGCGAAAUUUUGACCCUCUUGGUCAAAAGUCCGUAUUAGGCUCUUCCUACCUCAUGAAUGCUGCCAUGCUCAUAGUGUUGCUCAAUAAUCGUGACAAGAUAUUCUUAACAUUUGGGACAGGCAUUCUGGAUAAUAUCACCCAGUUUACGGUUAUGAUAUACCAUAUCGAUUCCUACAGCGAGAGAGACAUGUCAUCAAGGGAACAGGGAAUUUAUUCGCAAUAUGAAAGAAUAAUUUUUGUGGCCUUUAAUAAAAAUAUCUGUCGAGUACCCUCGGAUCAUUCCAGCUGA